AUGAAUAAUGAUAAUAAUUGUGGGUCAGGAGAAAUGAACAUAUGUGAGGAUAUAGAAGAAUUAAUUGAAGAUUUAAUAUAUUAUAUUAGAACAAACGAUAUAGAAGAAGUAAAAAAAAUUUUAGAAGAAGAUUCUAGAAUAAUUAAUUUAAAUAAUAUUAAAGAUGAGAAUGAUAAUACAUUAUUACAUUUUGCUUGUGCAAAUAAUAAUAUAGAUAUGAUUCUAUUCUUACUAUAUGAAUGUAAUAUAGAUUAUAAUCAAUACAACAAAAGUGGUAACACUCCCUUAAUGUGGUCCAUACAAAACAAACAUAUAGAAUCUACUAGAGAAGUUUUAUUCUUCGAUUAUUAUUUAAAUAAAAUUAAAUAUAAUAAUUUAGAAAAGAAAAAAAAUGAAGUAUUUGAAAAUAUUAGAAAUGUUAUUGACAAUAAUUUUAUAAAUCCUAAUUAUAGGUUAUCACAAAAUAUAAAAAAGAAAAUCAAUGCAAUCGAUAUAUAUAAAUUGUAUGACAAAAUAAAUGAGAAAAAUAUAAACAAUGAAAAUAUAAAUAAUAAUAUAAUUACAUGUGAUGAAAUAUUACAAAAUAUUAAGGAAGAACAACUUAUUCAUUAUAAAGAAAGGAACAAAAUUAAUUUAUUAAAAAAAAAUGAAUUUAAUAAAAGUAUUUUAUCUGAAGCGUUUGAUGCACAGAAUGAACAGAUUCUACAUCUAAUUUUGAAUCACCCCAUAUCUGUUGUGUUGGAUAACCAAGAAGAACAACUAGAAGAUGAUAAUAAAAAUAGAGAUGUUGGUGAUAAUAAAAAUAGAGAUGGUGGUGAUAAUAAAAAUAGAGAUGAUGGUGAUAAUAAAAAUAGAGAUGAUGGUGAUAAUAAAAAUAGAGAUGAUGAUGAUAAUAAAAAUAUAGAUGAUGGUGAUAAUAAAAAUAGAGAUGGUGGUGAUAAUAUAUGUGUAAAUAUGAGUGAAGAGUACCCCACCAAAAAAAAUGACAACACCAAUAAUAAUAAUAUUAAUAGUAAUAGUAAUAAUUUUUGUGGUAGUGUGACUUCUAAUAUACAUAAUAAUGAAUCAAAUAAAAAAUUUACAACAAAUAUUGAAGAAGCUAAAAUAAUUCAAGAAAAGGUUUAUCAAUUAAAAAUAGAUAAUAACAUAAAAAAAAAAGAACAACCAAAUGUUGAUAGUAAUAAUAAUAUUAUAAUACAUAUAAGAGAAAUUGGACUUAAUUAUUUUGGAGAUAGUCUAGAUGAAUCAAAUGCAUCUAAUGAUGUAACUGGAAUUAAUAUAUGGGAAUCGUGUCUUGUGGCUAGUCGAUGGUUUAGUGAUUUAUGUUUAGAAAAUUUUUUUUUUAAUAAAAAUAUUUUAGAAAUUGGUGCUGGUAGUGGUAUGGCUAGUAUUACAUUAUUUAUAUAUUCACAUCUUUACAAUAAUAAUAAUAAUGAGAAAGGUAUAAAUAAUUUAAUAAUUAGUGAUAUAAAUAAUAUAACAUUAAAUAAUAUUAAACAUAAUUUAUUAUUAAAUGAAAAUAUAUUAAAUUCUAUUAAUUUAGAAUGGAAGAAUAAAAUUACAGUUACUAAUAUCGAUUUUACAAAUAAAAAUACAUAUCCACAAAAAAAUAAUGAAAUAAUAAAAUAUGAUUGUAUAAUCGCUAGUGAUAUUAUUUAUGAUCAUAAAAUAGUAUCAUCUAUUAUAUAUUUAUUAAAUACAACUCUACAAAUUAAUGGAACCUUUCUAUAUGUUUGUAAAAAAAAUAGAGACGGUAUACAAUUAUUUAUAAACGAAUUAAAAAAUAAUAAUUAUACUAUUCAUUAUUUUACACCUCCAAAUGAAUAUUUUAAAAAUCCUUUUCUUAAUUUAUCACAAAAUUUAUUUAAUAUGAAAUUCUCAGAGUUUGAUGAUCAAGAAAAUUUUAUUAUGAUGAAAUGUCACAGGUUAUAA